CAACAUGGCAGAAGACGACUUGCCAGAGAAGUUUGAUGUGAUUGUAAUAGGGACAGGGCUCCUAGAAAGUAUUCUUGCAGCAGCUUUUGCCAGGGUUGGGCACUCUGUUCUUCAUAUAGAUAGGAAUGACUACUACUGUGGAGACUGGGCAUCUUUCAGCCUCCAUGGUCUGGAAGGAUGGAUUAAAGAACAACAGACAGGUCACCCUGACCCAGUAGAGCACCCAGAGCCCAAAGAGGUUACGCUUGAGGAAGGAGAUAUACUGGUGGAGUGUCCCCUUUAUGGCAACACCAAUACCCACAUAGAAACAGGCUUCCUUGUCUGUGAGGAUGAACCUGACCCUCAACCACCAGCAGAGCAGCCUUCUGAUACCUUGGGGGAAGUACCUGGGGAUUCCUCUCCUUCUGGUAGCAAUGACACACAGCUUGUUCCGGAUAUAUCUCAGCUGAGUGUGACAGAAGCUAGUAAAAUCACGGAAACAGUAACUGAAAAAUCAUGUGAGAGUACAGAGGGUUUGGAUAAGCAGUCAAGAAUCACAGUAGGUGAGAAACAACAUGCAGAUAAAGAAUCCUGUACCUCAGAAGCAGAAGAGGAGACUGCUGAGCUAACAAAUUCCCCGACCACUUCGCACACUAAACAUGAAGAAACUAACACAGAGACAGUGACUGAAGUAGACUUGUCUAGAACCAGCCAUUGUACAAAUGUCCCUGAUGGUGAGGGUGGCCAGUUAGACCCUGCAGCAUGUGAUUAUGUGUCUGAACCAAGGACCCAGUUUGUCUCCUCAUGGGAGCCUGGUACAGAUGCCACCCCUCAGGUCUGGACCAAGCCAAGCAUUGAGAAGGAAUGGAGGAAGUUCAACAUUGACCUGUCUCCCAGGUUGCUGUACUGCAGAGGUGCUAUGGUAGAACUGCUCAUCAACUCUGAUGUCUCCAAGUACUGUGAAUUCAAAACUAUUACCAGAGUGCUGACCUACCUUAAUGGAGAACUGCAGAAGGUGCCUUGUUCAAGGGCAGAUGUCUUCUCCAGCAAGUCUGUGUCUAUGAUAGAGAAGAGGAUGAUGAUGAAGUUCAUCACGUUCUGUAUGGAGUAUGAGAAACACCCCGAGCAGUAUCAAGAUUUCUUGGACAAGCCGUUUAGCACAUUCCUUGAUUCACGGAAAUUAAAGCCAAACAUAAAGCAUUUUAUCCUGCAUUCUAUUGCCAUGGCCACAGAUACCACCCUAACAUUACAGGGAUUGGAAAAUACGCAGAAGUUCAUCUUGUCAUUGGGUCGGUAUGGCAAUACAGCUUUCUUGUGGCCCCUGUAUGGAAGUGGAGAGCUGCCGCAAGCCUUUGCCAGGAUGUGUGCUGUUUUUGGUGGGAUUUACUGCUUGAGGAUGACAGCCAGCUCAGUGAUUGUGGAUAAAGAGAACAAGUACAGAGGUAUAGUGACCACUGAGGGUCAUCGGAUAGAGAGCAAGUGGUUGGUGGCAGAGACAAGUUAUCUCCCUAAACAGUAUCUGCCAUCAGGUUAUGGCUCCAGAUCAACUUGCAGAGCUAUUUUGAUGACAGACAAAUCCAUCCAUCCGGCAGACUCGGAGCAGCUCACAUUGUUACACUUGCCCUGCCCUGAUGACCCUAACCGUCCUGUGUCUGUCCUGGAGCUUGGACCCUCCAGCAUGGCUUGUCCUCAGGGAAUGUAUCUUGUACACCUUUGCCGAGAAGGAGCAGACAACUCCUGUAGUCCACGAGAAGACCUGCAGCCUGCACUGGAUCUCUUGUUUCCUGACAGCGCCUCCCCUUCAGAUUCAGGGCCGAGUAUCUUGUGGUAUAUGUACUUCAGACAGAGCAACACCCAGGGAGUGGAGACACAAACCCCAGACCAUGUAGUGACCAUACCUGGUCCAGGGUCAGAACUGGACAUGGACCAUGUGGUCAAACAGGCCAAGGACAUUUUUGCCAGGUUGUGCCCAGAUGAGGAAUUUCUUCCCAAGGCUCCGAACCCUGAGGAUAUUAUAUUUGAUGAUGGCAAGUCGGCAGAACCAGGUGAAGGGUUCCAAGAUAAACCAAGUGGUGCAGAUGGGGAUUCCAAAGGGAUUUCCCAACCAGAGACAACAGAGGUGACACCAGGGGACACAGGGAUUUUCCAAACAAAAGUGACACCAGAGGCCACAGGGAUUUGCCAAACAGAAGAGUCUGAGGGGAAUUCCCAACCAGACUCUUUGGAGAAAUCACAAGUAGGGAAGACCAAAGAAUCAGAGUAAAAUUCCCAAAGAGGACAGACAAGUGAAUCAGAGGGAAAUCUGACUCAAGAACAAUGACCUCAUCUUAAAAGAAUUCAUUUAGUAAAGUGCAACUAUUCUGUCUUCACAGUAUUCAAGGUACAUGUAGAUCCUCCAAAUUUUAUACGCUGUCCUGUGACCACUGAAGCUAAAUGAUCUUGGAGAACACCUGGAGAAAGGCUUCAAGCUUUCGAAUAACUGUUUCAGGGAAUCAUUCUGUGGAGACCGGGAAAAGACAGGAAUAAAAGUCAUUUAGAAAACAAGUUGCUUCCCAGUUAACCAAUUAUUACCUCAAAUGCAGGUCCAUGUAGUUUUUUGUGAUAUCAGUUUUAAAUAAUUUAUCUAAAAUAUCUUGGGUGAUAUUACGGCUUCCCAUCUGUGACCAGUAUAUCGGACAAGCAUACAUGUAUGUACAUCCAUGUUCAUGUAGGAUGUACUUCAAAAUGGUUGUGUACUUUGCUGGAGUCAUUUAAAGAUGUGUUUUUGUCAUACACACAUCCUUUUUAUCUUUCAUUUAAUAAUCUUUGUAUUAAGGAAUUAAGUUUGUGACAGGCAGAAGUUAUAGAUAUAAUGUAAUGCUUGCAGUACAUUAUCUAGAUCCAUCAUUUUUUAAUGCCAUGCUGGAGAAUUUUUCCUCUCACAUGAUGGCUGAUCGUUUUAUGGGUAGAGGAAGCGAGAGUCUUCAUGAACCGCAAGACUGUUGGUGGCUCUUUGAGAGAUGGAAGGGAUGUUUUCCUUUUACGAGUGUCCUAUAUACCGGUCAAUAUUUGGUACUGUCGUUCAUUCGUGUUCCUCAGUUUUGAUGUUCUAGGAUCUAGACUAUUUUGUUUAACUUGAUUAACAAGCUAAUACAUUUAUAAGACUGAAUACAUACUUACAUGAUGGAAUAUCACUGUAAUAAAAUAAUUUUUAAAUAACUAUGUAUAAAUAAAUUAAUGUUUUCAAAAUUUAAAGGCAUUUUGAAGACUAUAAUUAAUGCAACAUCUAACCUUUUUCACAUGGACAUGUCGGCAAGCUUUAGAAAAUUAAACGUAAGGUUGAUUGUUGCACGUUUCUGGAGUGACGGUGGUGAAGUGGAUCAUUUUAGAGCGUGUCAUCAUUUUGCAAAAGAGGAUAUCGCUUUGCUUUUAAUUAGACUUUCGAAGCCAGAUUUGAUGUUCAAGAUUUCAUGGGGAUCUAAAGAUAAAAUUGCAAAGAUCUUUAAAACAUAGAGCAAACAUGUUUGGAUUUCAGACUGCAAUAUGUGUAUCCAUUUCGUGACGGAGAUGACAUUUUAUGCUAAUUAGUAGCGCUAAAGGUGGAAAAAUUAAUUAAAAUUAUGUAAGUAAUUUUUGUACACUAUUAAAAUCAUGUAGUUCAAUUCUAUAUGUUGAUCAUAUAAUGUCUGUCAGCAACCUGCGGAUGGUCGUGGGUUUCCAUAAGUAAAAUAUUCUUGAGUACGGCGUAAAACACCAAUCAAAUAAAUAAAUAAAUAAAUUGAUCAUAUAACCAAAAAUACUUAUCAAAUAUGAAGUUAAAAAACAUUUGCCCCAUAGAAAACUCGACUAUCAAAUAUUGACCCAUACUGUUUUGUAUGUAUGCAACCUUUGUGUUUGAAAGUAUUGAGGUGUAAUUGCAAAUGUACUGUUGGAGUGUGUUCAUUUAGUGUUGAUGUAGUACUACUUACUGACAGAAAAGUGUUACUGGUGUUUUGAUUAGAAACCAUUUUGUAUAUACACAAAUCCCAUAGCCUAGGACCACACAAGUGCAUGUACACAAAUUCCAUAGCCUAAGACCACACUAUUGUACAUACACAAAUCCCAUAGCCCAAGACUACAGAAGUGCACGCACACAAAUCCUAUAGCCUAAGACCACAGAAGUGCACAUACACAAAUCCUAUAGCCUAAGGCCUUACCAGUGCACGUACAUAAAUCCCAUAGCCUAAGACCACACAAGUGCAUGUACAUGUACAUAAAUCCCAUAGCUUAAGACCACACUAUUGUACAUACACAAAUCCCAUAGCCCAAGACUACAGAAGUGCAUGCACACAAAUCCUAUAGCCUAAGACCACAGAAGUGCAUGUACACAAAUCCUAUAGCCUAAGACCUUACCAGUGCACGUACAUAAAUCCCAUAGCUUAAGACCACACAUAGGGGCCUCCGUGGCUCAGUUGGUUAGCGCAGCGUGAUGACCCAGCAGUUUCUCACCAAUGUGGUCGCUGUAAAUUCAAGUCCAGCUCAUGCCAGCUUCCUCUCCGGCCGUAUGUGGGAAGGUCUGACAGCAACUUGCAGAUGGUCAUGGGUUUCCCCCGGGUUGUGCCCGGUUUCCACCCACUAUAAUGCUGAACACUGUCGUAUAAGUGAAAUAUUCUUGAGUACGGCGAAAAACACCAAUCAAAUAAAUAAAUAAGACCACACAAGUGCACGUACACAAAUCUUAUAGCCUAAGACCUCACAAGCGUAUGUACAUAAAUCUCAUAGCCUAACACCACACAAGUGCGCGCACAUAAAUCCCAUAGCAUAAGACCACGCAACUGUUCGCACACAAAUCCCAUAGCCUAAGACCACGCAACUGUAUGCAAACAAAUCCCAUAGCCUAAGACCACACUAUUUUCCGCACACUAAUCCCAUAGCCUAAGACCACACAGUUGUAUGCACACAAAUCCCAAAGCCUAAGACCACACUAUUCUAUAUACACAAAUCCCUUAGCCUAAGACCACACAACUGUAUGUACACAAAUCCCAUAGCCUAAGACCACAUUAAUGUAUGUACAAUGUCAAUCUCUUCACAAAUGCAGCAGCUACACUGCAUGUGCAGUGACCUUAAUCUAAGUCAGCUGAAUCGGUCUGGAUGUUGAGCUGCCUUGCGCUUAGCACAAGCACAAAAAACCUAGUGAUAAAUCAUUCAAGAUCUGAUUGUCCUCCAGGUUAUAUACCACUGAUUAUGGAUUUGACAAUUUAAUAUUUGUAGCUGUCAUGUGUUUUUAUGUUAGGCAUAAUUUAUUACCCGAUUCAUGUUGCAUCUGCUGAUGGAUUAACAAUCAACACAUAUUCUGUUGGAUAUUGCAGUGAUUUUAUUGUCAUAUAUAAUUGUGAACAGUUUGAGCUUACAAUACGUAAAAUGUCUCCACCAAGCAAGCAUGGGAUGUCCUAUUCCAAUACAUACAUGUAAAUAAACUGAAAAAUAUUAAUAUAUAAUGAUAAAGCUUUAGUCCUUUGUUGACUUCACACUGGAAUAAUGCAUUGUUUUAGUUGAAAUUAAUUAACUAUUUGGUUGAUAUACAAGAUUGUUACACUUGAGAUAUGAGCCUAAAGCUGCAGCAGCCUGAGGUUGCCUGCCUUGUUAUUUAAUUAUUACUACAGUAAGAGACAUGUAUACUGGCAUCUUUAGGGUUGAAGUAUUUAUGCUACUCUUUUCCACCCACAUGCUGUUCAAAUUUUAACUGGAAUCACUCCUGUCCGAAUUUUUGUUGAUGGAAAAUAUCUUUCUCAGAAAUCAAGAACAACUGAGAAUUAACAGGCGAGUUUGAUACAUAUUUAACAGGCCAUUGCACACAUUUCUGAUACUGAUAGGGUAAAUUUCAGUCUUGUAGUUACAUAAGGACUGAAAAGCUGUGAAAUUCAUGUGGAGUUACUUAUGCCUUACAGGUGUACACUACAUAGUAUAUUUUCACUUAAUUAUGCAUACCAAUACUGAUAUAUUCAUACAUGUACACAUACUCCUCCAGGGGUGGUUGGAGAGA